AAUACAGUCAGGAUGGCUAAAGGUGACCCCAAGAAACCAAAGGGCAAGAUGUCUGCUUAUGCCUUCUUUGUGCAGACGUGCAGAGAAGAACAUAAGAAGAAAAACCCAGAGGUCCCUGUUAAUUUUGCAGAAUUUUCCAAGAAAUGCCCUGAGAGGUGGAAGACAAUGUCCGGGAAAGAGAAAUCUAAAUUUGAUGAACUGGCAAAGGCGGAUAAAGUGCGCUAUGAUCAGGAAAUGAAGGAUUAUGGACCAGCUAAGGGAGGCAAGAAGAAGAAGGAUCCUAAUGCCCCCAAAAGGCCACCGUCUGGCUUCUUCCUGUUCUGCUCAGAAUUCCACCCCAAAAUCAAAUCCACAAACCCUGGCAUCUCUAUUGGAGACGUGGCAAAAAAGCUGGGUGAGAUGUGGAAGAACCUAAAUGACAGGGAAAAGCCGCCUUCCAUCACUAAGGCGGCAAAGCUGAAGGAGAAGCAUGAGAAGGAUGUUGCUGACUAUAAGUCGAAAGGAAAGUUUGAUGGUGCAAAGGAGGAGGAGGAGGAGAAGGAGGACCUCAUGGACAAACAAGAAAAGGAAGUGGUCCCUGCCCUGGAGGAAGAGCUCCUGGCUGUAGGAGACAGCGCUGGAUGGGCCAAAUAUUUCAACAGAGAAAAGAGAGUGCUGGGGUAG